AUAAAAAGUCAGGUGUAUUGUGGGGACAAAGUUAGUUGUGCUUGGACUGUUUGGCGGUUAAAAUGUGCAGCAUUGUACCCUCCCUUUUCGCGGUAUUGUCUUGCUUGGCCGUUGGGAUUUUUGGCCAGGAGCAGGACUGUCGUCAACCACCUCCAUUGAGGAUUAAUCCCAGGGAAUGCUGCAAACAGCCCAAACUCAUCGAUGAUUCCAUCUUUGCCGGUUGCUUUGAGCGGUUUGGCAUGAACAAUCAAAACUUCCAGUCCCCUCAACGACAAUCCUUCCGCCAAGCUCCCUCCCAGAACCAAAGGGCUUUCCGGGGUCCUCCUCCUGGUUUCCCAUCCACCUGCAUGGCUGAAUGUGUCUUCAACAGCGUCAAUCUCUCUGUGGAUCAACCUGAAAGUGCUGGGGAAUUUAUCACCAAAGCUCUGGAGAAGAAAGCUCCAGAAUGGAUUCCUAUCUUCACAGAAGGAUUCACCUUCUGCACCAAAACUGCCACUGAGAAAUUGAGCGCCAAUGAUCUUGCAGAAAAAUUCGACGGAUGCAGCCCACUUCCGGGAGCUAUCUUGGGAUGCUUGCAUUCCCAUGUUUUUACAAAAUGCCCUCAAAAUGUGUGGAAAAAUGUUCCUGGUUGUGAUCAACUGAAGAAUUUCUUCACAGCAUGUCCCAUUCCGCCAAUGUUCUAACAACUGAUCAUCCCAUCACAGAAAUUUCCACUGAGAUCCUCCAGUCCACAAAAAGCCCAGUGAAAUAGUUAUUAACGAAACAAAAAGAAUUAACCAAUUUUCCCAAUGUAUUUUCACGAGUGGAAAAAAAGUCUAACAAUAAAAUCAA